AUGAGCACACGGCUGGGGCUUCGGGAGCGACUCGAGCUCUCUCGCCUCAAGCUCGAAGCCUCGUCGCCAGCCGUCGCGAGUGGUGUCACCCCCGAAGACGACACACCGGCAGACGACGACAGCAUCGAUGGUGAACCGUCCGAGAACGCUCUGGACGACGACGACGGGGACGAGGAUGCGAUCAACCAAGACGAGGAAGAGGACGACGACGAUGAAGAGCCUCUGCAACAGCCGACGGGGGGGCGCCCCCGCACGCUCAAGCUCCAGCACAGUCGCUUCCCAAAUCGCACCCCCACGAUUUGUUUCGACUAUCCGCACGACUUGCACGUCGAGCGAACGUACCCAGCCGGUGUCAGCACGAGCGACGUCCCAGCCGAGACCAAUAUUGUUUUUUUCAAGUGCUACUGGGAGCGCAACUGCGUCAAGAAUGCCUUUGUGCGCGCGGGCUUUCGCCGGCUUCUCAAAGGGAAAAAGUGGACGGGUGCAUGGAUCAAGCACUUGCCUCGGACCGCGUUCAAGGCGCUGCAAGCCCAUCAGAAAAUCAACCAUUUUCCUGAUCCGUGGGUGAUUGGCCGGAAAGAUCGGCUCAUGAAGACCAUUAGCGCCAUGAAGCGGACGUUUCCAGCGGCGUACAGCUUUGUGCCCGAAGGCUUCUUGCUACCCGGGCAGCUCGAUGCGUUCAUGCGCUGCCUCGACCGCGAAUCCGGACCGUCCAUGUGGAUCUUCAAGCCGCCGGCGUCGGCGUGCGGUCGUGGCAUCAAGGUCGUCCACUCGUCGCAGCAGCUCAAGAAAAAACGCAAGUGGGUUGUUCAGCGGUACCUUGCAUCGCCGUAUUUGAUCCACGGCUACAAAUUCGACUUGCGCAUCUACGUCGUCGUCACGUGCUUUGAUCCGCUUCGGAUCUACCUCUUUCAGGAAGGCCUCGCGCGCUUUUGCACCGUGCCCUACGACACGGAGGCGGCCCACCUCAAGAACCGGCUCAUGCACUUGACCAACUUUAGCAUCAAUAAAAACAACGAGCGAUUCAAAGCGUCGAGCGGGCCCACGUCGACCGACGGCAGCAAGUGGAGCCUCACGGCGCUGCUCGCGUACCUUGAAAAAGACGGCAAGGACAUUGCAACGUUGCAGGCCAAGCUGCAUGCGAUCAUUUGCAAGACCAUUAUUGCCGCUGAAGCGCACAUAACGCCCUUGACGCAAACAUACGUCAAGCACCGACAUGCGUGCUACGAGCUCUUUGGCUUCGACUUGAUGCUCGACGCAAGCCUAGAGCCAUGGCUCAUUGAAGUGAACGUGUCGCCGUCGCUCAUGGGCUCGUCGCCGCUCGACAAGCGCAUCAAGGGCCUCCUCAUGAGUGAUAUUUUCCAUCUCGUGGGCCACGAAGCACCCAGUGCAGCGAUCGGUCGUGAGAAGAAGAAACCUCCGAGCACCUCGUCGCGCAAGCUGUUUGACGUCGUACACGACCCCAAGAUCACGCAGCUCGAUGCGGGCCACAUUGCGCUUUUCUGUGACGACGACUGGGACAUUGUCCAUAGCAUGGAGGACGAGAUGGACCGGCUCGGUCACUUUCGGCGACUGUACCCAACCGACACAAGCGAAGACCCGUAUGCUGCGUUCUUUGCCUGUGCGCGGUAUGCGAAUCGGCUGUGCUUCAAGUGGCUCCAGACGCGCCGCCGUCACGCGCUUGCAAAGAAGGCGUCACUCCCGAGUCGCACGCCGCCGAUGAAAGUAGCGUCCAAGUCGCUCCUUCUGAAGCCGAGUGCAUCGUAACGUGUACAAUAUAUAAUUUGAUCGCUAAAACGUGCGGUCGACAAGUGUC